GAUAAUUGUGAUUAGUGUGAAGAAUAACUUUCAGAUCAAGAAUGGUUGAUUAUGCUCAAGAGCAGCAGGAAGAAUUAGAAGCUAUAGAGUCUAUUUAUUCAGAAGAGAUCGAUAUCAUCGGUGAUGGCCCACACAGAUUUACAAUACCAGUGAAAACAGAAGAGUAUAAUGAAGAUGAGGGGGAGGGCAGAUAUGUUCUUUUAAAGUUUACAUUUACUCCUAAAUAUCCAUCAGAAGCUCCUUUAGUAGAAUUUGAAGAAACAGAAAAUAUAGACGAUGUACAUCUUGAUGAACUACAUAAACAUCUUGAAGAACAAAUUGAGGAAAACCUUGGAAUGCAGAUGGUAUUUACCAUAGUAAGUGCCGCCCUGGAAUGGUUGUGUGAAAAGAACGACCAGAUCAAGCAUGAUAUGGAGGAAGCUGCGAGAAAGAAGAAGGAGAAAGAGGAAGAGGAGGAGAGGAAGAAAUUGGAGGGAACAAAGGUAACAAUAGAAUCCUUCCUGGCGUGGAAGGCUGAAUUUGAUCGGGAGAGGUUGGAGAAGAAGGGAGUCAAGGUCCUCACGGGCAAGGAGAAAUUAACAGGGCGUGAACUUUUCAUGAGCGAUACAACUCUAAAUGAUUCUGACAUCAAGUUCUUGGCCGCCGCAGGGGACACGGCUAUUACGGUCGACGAAUCACUUUUCGAGGAGCUGGAUGAUCUUGAUAUUGAUGAUGAUGAGGAGAGUGAUGACCCUGACUGGAAUCCUGGAAAAAAUGAUGAUUCAGAUUAAACAAGAUUUACAUCCUGCGACUGAUUCUUGAAGAAUACAAUCAAUCAAUCAACCAUCUUCUUAUCUCUUCAUAAUAGAAAAAUACACAUGUUGGAGCAAUUACAGCAUUUAAGACCAGUCCAGAACAAUAUUUUCUACUUUCUUUCAGAA